AUGUCACAAUCACAACCACAAAUUCCAGAAGUUGGCGAUGAGUUUCCAAUAGCAGAAAACUUCAAGGAAAUGGCACAACAAGGUGGUGGAAAAGGUGACCACAUUCCUUUCAUAACUUUGCAAUGUACAAUGGGAGCUGUUUUAAAUAAAAACACCAGAACUUGGGUAGUAACAUCUUCCAAAAGUAUGCAUAAUCAUGAACUACUUAUUCCAUCUCAAAUCCAUUGUCUUCCUCAACAUCGGUACCUCAAUACAGAGCAAAAAGAGUUGGUUCAUAUAAUGCUUAAAAGUGGGGCAUCAACUCAAUCAAUUGCUGAUGGCACAAAUCAUGACACUACAAUGCGCCUUAUAAAAAUGUUAGAGGAACAUCAAUAUAUACUUCAUCAUCUAUUAAUAAAAAAUAGCCAUAUGUUAAACUUAUUUUUCACAUAUAUUGAAGCUGUACAUCAAGUAGCUAUAUGUCCAGAGGUGCUUAUAAUCAAUGCAACAUAUAAGAUAAACUUAUAUAAGUUACCUCUCAUCAAUGCAGUUGGUAUAAGUAAUAUCGGUAAUGCUAAAGCUCUUAACACGUAUCAAAUAGCAAUGGCAUGGGUAGCAAAUGAGCAAGAACCCACAUACGAAUGGUUUUUAUUUAUUUUAAAAGAGACAAUUUAUGACAUUUUUUUUGUUCCCCAGAAGUAUUUGUUUCAGACAGGGCUUUGGCCUUUAGAAAAGCAGCAGACAAGAAAAUUUUUUGAUUCAGAUGAAGAGUAUAAUGAAUUCCUGUUGACGGUCCAGAAAGUUGCCUAUGCUGAAGAAAUGAAUGAAGUUGAAAAAGCAUUUAAAGAAGUUAGUCAAACGAUAAUGAAAAGUAGGGACCCUGAAUAUAUUCAAAAUUAUCUUGAAGAAUGGAAAAAAGAUACAAAGUGUUGGAUGCAUGUUUUUACAAAGAAUUAUUUACAUAUGGGAACUCAGUCGACACAGAGAGUGGAAGGAAGUCACAGCACUUUAAAAAAGGCAAUAGAAGCAUCAAGUGGUUUGGAGCAAGUAUUUUUACAUAUUGAUUGUGCCUUUCGUCAAUGCCAACUACAAACGAAUGGAGCCCUAGACUCGAAUAUUGUUUCUGCUGAUCCAUUUAUACAUAAUGACAAAAGCUUGAGAUUGAAUUAUAAAUUACUAUGUCGUCACAUCAUUCCACCAACAGGACCUGUUCUACUUAAUCUCGUACAUAAAUGCUGGCAUCUAAAACAUGAUUCUGUAUCUUCAAUACCAUUAUCAUUGUUAAUUGAUAUAACUAUUAGUAAAGUUCUUUACAAGCUCAAAGAAAAAUAUGAACAUCUUAAUGAUAAAAUUUCAAUCCCAAAGGCACCAUUAUAUAAUGUGUCUACUUUGCCUAAAAGACAUCUACAAUCUAUUAAGCGAAACCCUCUUCUUAGCGAAUAUCAAGAAAAAAUACCUAUUUUUAUGCAUAAAUAUAUAAAAAAAGUGGUUAAUAUAGAUGAAGAUGGAAAUUGUAAGUACAGAGCAGUGGCCGUGGGUUUAGGAAGAAAUGAAAAUAAAUGGCCAAAUAUAAGAAAGAAAUUGUUUGAAGAAUUAAAUAAAAAUGAGCCUUUUUACUGA